AUGACCCAGGCAACCUGCAAGACGAAGCAAAGUGCAGCAGAAACCCCACCCACGAAGAAACGACGAACCUCCCCACGGCAAGAAUAUACAGUCCCCCCACUGGAAGUACCCCCGAGCAGCAUCCCCUUCGUGACCCGACCCUGGUGCGCCAUCAACGGCGGCAAAGGCACCCCCCUCCCUCGACAACCCCGAAAAGAAAACCAGAGUCUGCUGUGGACCGUCCCAUUCGGCUACCGCCCGGAUGACGGGGCCUUUACCGUGACCGAUGAGCUGCUCCAGACACAUUUGACGAGACUGUACGCCCAGAUCCAGCGGUUCCGGGAACAGUACUCGUGCAGCCCGGAGGAGAUCACGCAGUUAGCGCCCAUGAAGAAGAAAGCGAUUCUCCAGCAUCUGGGAUCCUUCUGUCGGUGUAGGGACUGGCCCUCUAUCAACAAGAUGCUCAGCGCUAGGUCCUACGAGCGGUUUCUGCACAAGUUGCUGGAGACGGUGCUGGUGAAGCAGUGCUUUGAGAAGGUCAUCUCGAAUCCGUUCUUCUAUGUGGCGCCGUCGGUGGCGGUCGACAACGCUGGAUGUUCGUCCUGGUCGUUUGGCGCGGAGAUUAGGGGGUUGUAUGAGAUGCUUUUGAGGGUGAAUCGAGCCAAGGCACACGAAUGGCGGCAGAUGCUGACGCACCUCCUGCAGGCGGAUUAUCAUGGAGGAUCGGACGAUUGGCGGGUGGCGUUCGCGGCUGGCGAGAGCUUAGAGGCGGCCUGUCAGAGCUUUGCCCUGAGCAUGCUGGAGGAGUGUGAGGCGUUCCGCGUGCUUCUGCGGGACCUUGGGGAUAGCGAAGGCAGCGACGAGCGGUGUUGUGAUUUGGUGGGGAUCUUUCGAGUUGCGGCGGAGCUGUCGGUGGGGUUUGCGGCAAGUAAGGACGGGUUCGUGUUCCAUCCGGAUGUUGAGCGUGUUUCGCAUACAGUGGCGCUGAUGCGUGAGAGGGUCCUGACCAAAGGUGGGGCUUGGAGGGGAGUUGACGCCUUCAAAGGCCGGCGUCCGGUUCUCGUUCGGCAUCCGCUCAUCGAACGUUCAGUCUUGGUUGGGGAAGCUCAGGUGAGCGACCGGGGGAGGUGUAGAGAGGAAUGGUGGAAGGCGAACGAUUACAGCUUUGAUUCAGAGGAGGAACUCGAUCGAAGACUUGAUUGGCAUAUGCCGAUGUUCGGCGUGGGUGACUCGCACCUUACCCCGGUCUAUCAUGGCGAUUACCAUUUCGUGAAAGAAUAG